AUGCUCACAGAUUCACAAUCUUUUUCUAUUUCUCGGAUUCUUGUUGAUGUAGCCAUGUCAACAGAGGACACCCUACCCACUGAAGUCUCUGGAGGCUCCUGCCUCAGUGAAGAAUGGAAGAACCUUGAUGGGAUACCUUGUAUUAUGGGUGGGAUGAGGGCACUUACUGCAUCACUUGGUGGGAUGCUCCAUGGGCGCACAAGUGCUGACUUCCCUUGGAAAACUCUCCCAAAGGAACUAGCUCGCCUCAGGUAUGUCCUUACCAAUUACCCUGACAAUACCUUGAUACCUGGCGAGCUGCGCCCUUCUCUCUCUUGCACCAAAGGCAUCUACGAUCUGAACCACCACCAUUGCGUCAAUCUCAUCAACCACCUCAAGGCAGGCACCCUCACCAUCUGA